AUGGAAAACGGCUUUUCCAAAACCGGGGACCCUGAACUGGACCAGGCAAUCAGACAAUGGCUGCAAUAUGACAAGAAUCCGAAGACGGUGUCUGCGGUAGAGAAGCUGCUGAACGACGGCGCCAUCGAAUCACUGAAAAAAUGUUUCUCAUCUCGGAUGGAGUUUGGCACGGCAGGUCUGAGAGCAGCCAUGGGCCCCGGCAUAGCCUGCAUGAAUGACCUCACUAUCAUCCAGACUACACAGGGUUUCUGUCGCUAUCUGGAGGAAAGUUUUGGAAACCUCAAAGAGCGGGGAGUCGUGAUCGGGUACGACGCCAGAGCCCACCCUGCCAGCGGGGGCAGCAGCAAGAAAUUUGCUCAACUGGCUGCAGCUGUGUUCACCAGCCGAGGGGUUCCUGUUCACCUCUUCUCUGACAUAACACCCACUCCCUUCGUGCCUUUCACAGUUGCACACCUGGGUCUGUGUGCUGGUAUCAUGGUAACUGCUUCACAUAACCCAAAGCAAGACAAUGGCUACAAGGUUUACUGGGAGAAUGCUGCCCAGAUAGUGUCCCCUCAUGACAAAGGUAUUUCCAAGGCCAUAGAGGAGAAUCUGGAGCCUUGGUCAGAGUCCUGGAAUACCGAGGGAGCCCUUAAAAACUCUCUGCUCAAAGACCCUUAUGAGGAUGUCCACACACAGUACUUCAAAGCCAUUCAGAAACACUGCCUUCACAGGGAGUUAAACAAGAGUUCAGAAGUCAAAAUUGUGCAUACGUCAGUGCACGGAGUCGGCCACACAUUUGUGCAGUCAGCUUUCAAGGCCUUUGACCUCCACCCACCGUUCGCUGUGGCAGAACAGAAAGACCCCGACCCAGAGUUCCCCACUGUUAAAUACCCCAAUCCUGAGGAGGGAGAAGGAGUUCUGACCCUCUCCUUUUCUUUGGCUGAAACCGAGGGGGCCACUGUCGUGCUCGCAAAUGACCCGGAUGCGGAUCGACUGGCUGUCGCUGAAAGGCAGGAGAGUGGACAGUGGCGGGUGUUCAGUGGGAAUGAGCUUGGAGCAUUACUGGGCUGGUGGAUGUUUCACUGUUGGAAAGAACAAAACCCUGACAAUGGCGCUGUGAAAAAUGUUUACAUGUUGGCCAGCACUGUCUCAUCCAAGAUUCUGCGUGCCAUUGCCCUUAAGGAAGGCUUCCAUUUUGAGGAAACAUUGACUGGGUUCAAAUGGAUGGGAAACAGGGCACGAGACCUUUUGGAUCGAGACAAGACUGUCCUGUUUGCCUUUGAGGAAGCCAUUGGGUACAUGUGCAGUCCCGCAGUGUUGGACAAAGAUGGAGUGAGCGCUGCUGCAAUAGCAGGAGAAAUGGUUUCCUACCUCGCUGCUGAACACAAAAGUCUUUCUCAGCAACUGACGGCCAUCUAUGAAGAGUAUGGCUACCACCUCAGUAAGAACUCUUACUUCAUCUGCCAUGACCAGGAUGUGAUCCGCAGUUUAUUUGAGCGCCUGCGUAACUACGGCGGAGGCAAGGAUUCCUACCCGAGCAAAUGCGGCCCGUUCUCCAUCACUGCUGUCCGCGACCUGACCACCGGCUACGAUAGCAACCAGCCCGAUAACAAGGCUAUUCUUCCCACUUCCCGUUCCAGUCAGAUGAUCACAUUUACGUUCUCCAACGGGGGUGUGGCCACCAUGAGAACCAGCGGCACCGAACCUAAAAUCAAAUACUACACAGAGCUAUGUGCAGCACCUGGUAACAGUGAUUUGGAGCACCUGAAGAAGGAACUGGACCAACUGGUUGAUGCCAUCAUUGAAAACUUCUUUGAGCCAAAGAAAAACAAAUUACAGCCAAAGCCAGAGUAG